AUGGAACGUGAACAAGAGCCAGACCAAGUAGCUACAGCCAUCCAGCGAAUGGCUGACUUGAUGGAACGUAUGGUUGACCAACAGGGUCAGGGCCAUGGGAAUGCUGCUGGAAACCCGGGAAAUAAUCCGGGCAAUCACGAGGGAGAGGACCGUGCUUUAGAACGGUUCCAAAAAUUCGCACCCCCCAAGUUUGUAGGUGGAUCUAACCCUGAUCUAGCAGAAAACUGGAUGGACCAGAAACGGGAAGAUGAUUUUAUCCGCUUGCGUCAAGGGACACUUAGUGUAGCGGAGUACGAGACCCAGUUCACAAAGCUCUCCCGUUUUGCCCCGGAGUUAGUGUUAACGGAGCAAAAACGAAUCCGCCGCUUCGUUCAAGGUUUAAAUGUGGAGAUCCAGGAGGCACUUGCAGCUGCUCAGUUGGACACGUUUGGCCAGACACUAGAAAAAGCACAGCGGAUUGAGACAGCUAGGGGACAGGUAAAAUCCUUUCAUGAGAGGAAACGAAGACAACCCGAUUCGAGCCAUUUGGUGACUGGACAGAGCUCGCAAAGUGAGUCACCUUCUAAGAAAAGUCAAGGAACAGAUGGUCUUCGACCCGCAGGAACCCUAAAUCAGGGUAAAUUUGGAAGAGGAGGACGAGUAGGGCAAGAGCCCCAGAGGAGUGCCCAGCGUGGAGGGCCAAGUGCGGGCAUUAAGCCAAUCUGUGGUUUCUGUGGGGCCAAUCACACUGACGAAAACUGUUGGAAGAACAGUUCGAUCCGAAGAUGCUAUAAGUGUGGUAGUGCAGAACAUCUGAUCGCCCAGUGCCCUAAGUUACAAAAGGAGAAACCUAAGCCACCGACUGAAGGGACUACAGCUAAGCCGUCAAAUGCAGAGGAAAAUCGACCCAAAGGGCCAGCUAGAGUCUAUGCAAUGGGUCAACCUGAAGUGACUAAUCCUUCGGCGGGUUUCGAAGGUACGCUUGGACCAAAGAAUUAA